AUGUCAUCAUCAACGUUCAUCCAACGAUGGACAUCUGUGAACGAUUUGACGACGACGACGAAUAGUAAUAAUAAACAGUCAACUACGUUUUUCCUUCGACCUCGGUUAGUUCCACCGCCGCCACCAUCGUUAUCGUCAUCAUCUCCAUUUUUUCUACGGCCUUCACAAUCAUUAAUCUCACUAGUCGAACCAUCAACAAUUCCUUCGAAAAUUCGAUGUCAAUUAUCUAAACCUCAUUUCUCUUCAUCCCGUGUUGCCAAUAUCAUCCAUCAAUUUGAAUCUCAAACACUUUCAUCAAUGAAUCACUCAACAAAGGUUUCCGCACCGAUNGUUCCACCACCGCCACCAUCGUUAUCGUCAUCAUCUCCAUUUUUUCUACGACCUUCACAAUCAUUAAUCUCACUAGUCGAACCAUCAACAAUUCCUUCGAAAAUUCGAUGUCAAUUAUCUAAACCUCAUUUCUCUUCAUCCCGUGUUGCCAAUAUCAUCCAUCAAUUUGAAUCUCAAACACUUUCAUCAAUGAAUCACUCAACAAAGGUUUCCGCACCGAUUCGAAGCGUUUUUGUCAAACAAUGGGAAGGAACGCGCAAAACUCUUCCGACAUCUCGAACUUCACCUCUUGCCAUUGUUGAUACAUCUUUCUCUUCUUCUUCUUCUUCCUCUUCUUCUUCUCCGAUUCCAUUUCAUUCGAAAAAGUCCACUCAUCCAGCUGAACCGAUUAUUAUCUGUGAAAGAAUAACAAAUCAUAAUAGGGUUCCAGCACCAUCUGUCAGUCCAAAAACUUGGUCUCAACUUAAAUAUGUCUCGCAACAACACCUAGAAUCUAUUGAAUGUGAUUCUGAUUCUGCUAUUCAUACAUUAGUUACUGUCAUUGAAAAUAGUAAUCAUGAUUGUGUCACUCUAUCACGUUCGAGUACGAGUGGAACAUCCGAUUCCACAUGUUCAUCAACAUGUUCAUCUUCAUCUUCACCUCCACGUUUUGCUCGUCCAACAAUCGCCUCGACUCAGAAACAACGUCAAGUUAUUUACAAUUCUUCUUCAUUCAAACGAACCAAUUCACCUCCAUCAUCAAUUCCCACAUUUACUCGUGCAAUUUCCUCACCCGUAUCGACAAUUCCUUCCUUAUUUUCCAUUCAUGAGGAUCUCGAACAACAACAAUCAUCACCACAAACAUCAACAAUAGCAACGUGUUUUUGUUCGUCAGAAAGCGAUUCAAUUGUUGACGAUGAUUAUUGUCAGCUUUCCACAACAGAUACAAUUCGAUCAGAUAAAACGAUUUUAUUGCAAAAUUCGCUUCUUAUUAACACAAAUCUUCCAUUAAGAUAUAAAAGAGAUUCAUUUAUACGUCUCUACGGGCCCGAUCUAAUGCAACAGCAUGGGCAUCAUAUAGCCAACGAAAUCGUGUUAGAAGAUGAUAUUGAUCCUCCAUUUUCACCACGUGCUGUUACAGUUAAGAAGAAUAGACUAGUUGCAGAUGAAUAUGAACUCAUGGAAAUCCUCGGAAGAGGGAAGUUUGGGGAAGUGAAAAAAUGUCGUGAAAAAUUGACUCAACAUUUAUUAGCAGCAAAGUUUAUUCAGAUUAAUAAAGAACAAGAUCGAAUCGAAGCAUUAAAUGAAAUCGAUAUCAUGAAAUCACUUCAACAUCCUCGUCUAUUACAACUCUAUGAUGCAUUUGAAACCAAAGGCAACUUUUGUCUCAUAAUGGAAUUAAUCAAUGGCGGAGAAUUAUUCGAACGUGUUAUCGACGACGAUUUUAUCUUAACUGAACGUCUUUGUGAAUUAUAUAUGAUGCAAAUCUGUGAAGGUGUUAGUUUUAUGCAUUCGUGUAAUAUUAUUCAUCUUGAUAUGAAGCCUGAGAAUAUUUUAUGUGUUAAUCGAGAUGGUCAUCGAAUUAAAAUCAUUGAUUUCGGUUUGGCAAGAAGAUUUGAUCCAACAAAACAACUAAAAGUUCUAUUUGGUACACCGGAAUUCGUCGCACCAGAAGUGAUUAAUUUCGAUCGAGUUGGCUUUGGGACAGAUAUGUGGUCAGUUGGAGUUAUUUGUUAUGUUUUAUUAUCUGGUUUAAGUCCAUUUAUGGGUGAAAAUGAUAACGAUACUUAUGCAAAUAUUAAUCGAGCAAAUUAUGAUUUUGAUGAUGAAUCAUUUACUGAUAUAUCAGAUGAAGCAAAAGAUUUUAUUUCUAAACUACUCGUCAAAGACAAAGAUAAACGUCUUCCAGCACGACAAUGUCUUUCUCAUUCAUGGUUGACUCGUCGACCUAAAUUAGUCUCUCAACCAACUGAUGAUGAAACAGCUGAAAAGAAAUUAUCAACGAAAAAAUUACGUCGAUUCGUUAUCCGACGACGUUGGCAGAAAGCGGUUAAUGCUCUAUUAGCAUUACAACGGAUGGGAAUGACGUUGUGA